CGCUGCCCCCGGGCCAUGGGCCGCAGGAGAUUGGCUGCGGCUAAUCGCCGGGGCUGCAGCCAGCGCUCCGAGGUGGGUGGCGCCAGGCUUACUCAAUCGGCCCGCCCGGGAGCCCAACCUGCAGCAGACACACACAUUGCGCUCCAAGUCCCCGCGCGCGAAGCCCGGCGGAGCACCGGGGAGCCCGACCUGCCCGGGGGCCGGGGGAGCGGCCCGAGCCCUGGCCGGGAGGCCGCACACAAAGAGAUGCGGGGCGCACGGACGACGCUGCGGCUGCUGCUGCUGGGGCUGGGACUGGGCUUGGGGCUGCUGGCGGUGCCGGGCGCUCCGGCCGCCCGAGCCGAGGAGUACGACUACUACGGCUGGCAAGCGGAGCCCCUGCCCGGCGGGGGCGGGGGGCGCUUCUACUCCAAGCCCCCGCAGUGCCUGGACAUCCCGGCCGACCUGGCUCUCUGCCACACGGUGGGCUACAAGCGCAUGCGGCUGCCCAACCUGCUGGAGCACGAGAGCCUGGCCGAGGUGAAGCAGCAGGCGAGCAGCUGGGUGCCGCUGCUGGCCAAGCGCUGCCACUCGGACACGCAGGUCUUCCUGUGCUCGCUCUUUGCCCCCGUCUGCCUGGACCGGCCCAUCUACCCCUGCCGCUCGCUCUGCGAGGCGGUGCGCGACGGCUGCUCCCCGCUCAUGGGCUCCUACGGCUUCCCCUGGCCCGAGAUGCUGCACUGCCACAAGUUUCCUCUGGACAACGACCUGUGCAUCACCGUGCAGUUCGGCCACGUGCAGGCCACCGCGCCGCCAGUGACCAAGAUCUGUGCCCAAUGUGAAAUGGAGCAAAGUGCGGAUGGCCUCAUGGAACAGAUGUGCUCCAGCGACUUUGUGGUCAAAAUGCGGAUCAAAGAGAUCAAAAAUGAAAACGGCGACCGGAAGCUCAUUGGGGCCCAGAAGAAGAAGAAGCUACUCAAGACUGGACCCUUAAAGCGCAAGGACACCAAGAAGUUGGUGCUCUAUAUGAAGAAUGGGGCCAGCUGUCCCUGCCCCCAGCUGGACAGCCUGACUGGGAACUUCCUUAUCAUGGGGCGAAAGGUGGAGGGACAACUUCUGCUUACAGCUGUCUACCGCUGGGAGAAAAAGAACAAGGAAAUGAAGUUUGCCGUCAAGUUCAUGUUCUCCUACCCUUGCUCCCUCUACUAUCCCUUUUUCUAUGGGGCUUCAGAGCAACACUGAAGGGCUGCCCUUCCUUCUCCCCCACCCAGCCCCACUUGGUCUCAGCUGGUGCCUUCUUCUCCCAGUCCUGUGGACUGGCUGCCUCUUCCACACACACCCCCACCCUGGUCUUCCCUGCUGCCGGGCCUGAUGGAGCCAAUGAGUAGGAAGGAGCAAUUCCAUGUGGGAGGAAAUGACAAAUAAACUGAGGCCCAAUUAGCAAGAUAUGAUUGCCAUGGCAACCAGGUGAUAUCCCGGCCUUAAGGGAAGGUAUGGAGUAAAAGGGUCACCUUCAAUGGCCGCGAGGUGCUACAGUGCACCUGGCUGGUACCUAAGGAGUGGAUCUCUAUUGACACUGAGACCUCGGGGGUUCAGAAAGCAAGUAAUAGGAGGGAAUGAGGAGGGUCUGACCAACUCGAGAAGGUUAUUUCCAGAGAGAAAUGGAAAUUUCUUUAGCCUUUCUCAUUCUCAAUGAUGAAAGCAAGAACUGGGAAGUUUCGUUCUGAAAUACAAUAAGCUGCCCUGACUAGCGUCAAAUUUCUUUCUGUUCCUCACUUUAUUCCUCCAGAAAGUAAAAGAAAUUAGAACCAUCAGUUAAAUGCAUUGUAGCGUUAUCGGCCAAGCCCCAACUCCCCUCUUUCCCUCCUACCAUUGACCUAGUCUUCCCCCAUUGUCCUACCUUCCACUUAGGUUUACCUACCAUUGCCCUGACUGAAAGAGGAAGACCAGUCCCCAGUUCUAUGCAAUUACUGCCCCCUCCAGAAUUCCUCCUGGGGGUUCAUUCACCAUCCUUAACAUUUCCUUCCUGCCACCACCCUCCCCAGCCUGUUUUAAGUAAAUUAUUGCUAGUGCUGAAGUCACAGGGGCUAAAGAAUUUAUGUCAUUUGGUUUUUGUAAGUUUUUAAUUAAACCAGAGGAAUCAACCAAUGGGAUCGGA